AUAUUGAUAAAACAGAGCUUCAAAUUAUUACAUUUGAGCCAUAUAUACAUCAAGAUAUGCGCAGGUAAAUCUGUCACAACCACAAGGCAUUAGAAAAAUGAGAAGCUUCAGCCCCGAGUGUGUCCCUUCUCUCUUCGUAUUCUUCCUAUGCUUCCAUCUUCUUCAUCUCUCAGAAGCUCAAGGUCCAACGACUGAAGGCUACACUUGCUCAGCCAAUGACACCACCACCACCAAUCCAUGCCAAGCUUAUGUCUACUACAGAGCAAUGGCUCCUGACUUUCUUGACCUGGCCUCCAUAGCUGACCUCUUUUUAGUGAGCCGCCCCAUGAUCUCCAAACCCAGCAACAUCUCUUCCCCAUCUUCACCUCUGGUCCAAGAUCAAGCUCUGUUUGUUCCAAUAUCUUGUUCAUGCAAAUCAGUCAACUCAAGCAUGGCCAUUUCCUUUGCCAAUCUCUCAUACACAAUCAAUAAAGGUGACACUUUUUACCAAGUCUCCUCCCAUAGUUACCAAAACCUCACAACCUACCAAUCUGUGGAGCUUGCCAACCCUACUCUUGUUGCUACCAACCUUACAAUUGGGGUAACUGCAUAUUUCCCAAUCUUCUGCAAGUGUCCCAACAAAACCCAGUUGCAAAACAAAGUCAACUAUCUAGUCUCUUAUGUUUUCCAACCUUCUGAUAACUUGUCCGAAGUUGCUUCAAGGUUUGGGGUCCAAGCAAAGUCCAUAGUUGAAGUUAAUGGCAAUAUCACACAGCCUUUUGAUACCAUUUUCAUUCCUGUAACUCAGCUUCCUGUGCUGUCACAACCUAUUGUCUCUCCUUCACCUCCUGGGACUAAGAAUGAGAGGAAAGGAGUGAUCACAGGGUUGGCAGUUGGGUUGGGGAUUACUGGUUUUUUGCUGAUUUUGGUUGUGGGGGUUGUUAUUUUUGGAGGUGGGUUGAAGAGGAGGAGGGGUACAGAUGAAGAGAAGAAUCUGAAUGUAUAUAAGAGUGGGACGAUAGAUAAGAUGGCAAAGGAAAUGGAAGUGAGUUUGAUGGCUGAUGUUUCAGACUGCUUGGAUAAGUACAGGGUGUUUGGUAUUGAAGAACUCAGAGAAGCUACUAAUGGGUUUGGAAAUAAUUGCUUAAUUGAAGGGUCUGUCUACAAAGGAAAUAUUAAUGGGGUGGUCUACGCCAUCAAGAAGAUGAAGUGGAACGCCUGUGAGGAGCUCAAGAUCUUACAGAAGGUAAACCAUGGCAAUUUGGUGAAGCUAGAAGGCUUCUGCAUAGACCCGGAGGAUGUGAAUUGCUAUCUAGUUUACGAGUAUGUAGAAAAUGGCUCUCUCAAUUCAUGGCUGCAUGAAAACCAGCAUGAAAAGUUAAGUUGGAAGACAAGGCUGCAUAUUGCUGCUGAUGUUGCAAAUGGUCUGCAAUACAUCCAUGAGCAUGCUAGGCCACAGGUGGUGCACAAAGACAUAAAGAGCGGCAAUAUUCUCUUGGACUCCAACAUGAGAGCCAAAAUAGCCAAUUUUGGGCUGGCAAAGUCUGGUUGCAAUGCCAUAACAAUGCAUAUUGUCGGAACUCAAGGUUAUAUUGCACCCGAGUAUCUAACUGAUGGGAUGGUGUCAACAAAAAUGGAUGUGUUCUCUUUUGGGGUAGUUUUGCUUGAGCUUCUUACAGGGAAGGAGGCCAUUGAUGAGGCGGGAAAUGUUCUAUGGGCUAGUGCGGGUACAAUAUUGGAGGGAAGUGAGGAAGAGAAGUCGAGGAAACUAAAGCAAUGGAUGGACAAAGAGCCAUUCCUGGAGUCUUGCUCAAUGGAGAGCGUAGUGAAUGUAGCCACCGUUGCCAUCGCUUGCUUGCAUAAAGAUCCUUCUAAGAGGCCAAGUAUGGUGGACAUUGUUUAUGCCUUUUGUAAGAGCGAUGCUUUGUUUUUCGAUAUAUCAUAUGAUGGAUCAUCAGCUUCCCCAGUAAGAGCAAGGUAAAUUCAGGUUUUCAUUUUCUCCUUGAUUUAGAUGAGAAGGCAAAAAGUCAAAUUCUUGUACAUGAAGCCAAGGGAUCACUACUUGAUUUAGUUGUUGAGGGGAUGUACGAGGUAUAUUAUAUGUAUAGUUACUGGUAUAUAAGAUUAAGAUGAGUCCGAUUAAAUGUCAAUAUGAAAAGUGGUAGAAGAAAAG